AUGUCGAACAUUGCGCUCAACAGACUGCAACGAGAAUGCAAGGAGGUUGUCACCAACUCGGAAAUCAGCGAGACCGGAAUAAUGAUCGAGAUCUUGAACGAAAAUCUCACUGAAAUCAGGGGACACAUCCGCGGGCCACCAGACACCCCAUACGCCGGUGGAAGCUUCGACUUGGACAUCAAGAUCCCAGAUCAAUAUCCAUUCUCACCACCAAACGUCAAAUUCGCCACGAAGAUCUGGCAUCCAAAUGUCAGCUCGCAGACCGGAGUGAUCUGUCUCGACAUUCUCAAGGAUCAAUGGGCCGCCUCAUUGACACUCCGCACCGUUUUGCUCUCGAUUCAGGCGCUGAUGUGCACACCCGAGCCAAAGGACCCACAAGACGCGGUCGUUGCCAAGCAGUACAUGGAUAAGCCUCAGGUUUUCAAGAGCACCGCGGAGUUCUGGACUCUGAAGUUCGCAAAAGGAAGCGUUCCAGUCAACGUCGACUACCAGAGCCGCGUCGACAAACUCAAGGAUAUGGGAGUUCGUGAGGAGGAGGCAAUCAGCGUGUUGAGCUGCAACAACUGGGAUCUCAACCGCGCCACCGUCUACAUCUUCUCUUAA